AGAAGCGGCGCGGUCAUGGCGGAGCGCGGACAGCAGCCUCCUCCCGCGAAACGGCUCUGCUGCCGGCCGGGCGGCGGAGGCGGUGGCGGCGGCGGCGGCGGGGCCAGCAGCGGCGGCGGAGGAGCGGGUGGCGGCUACAGCUCUGCCUGUCGGCCGGGCCCGCGGGCGGGCGGCGCGGCGGCGGCGGCGUGCGGCGGCGGCGCAGCGCUGGGGCUGCUGCCGCCGGGCAAGACCCAGAGCCCCGAGUCGCUGCUGGACAUCGCGGCGCGCAAGGUGGCUGAGAAGUGGCCGUUCCAGCGCGUGGAGGAGCGCUUUGAGCGCAUCCCGGAGCCGGUGCAGCGCCGCAUCGUCUACUGGUCCUUCCCCCGCAGCGAGCGGGAGAUCUGCAUGUACUCGUCCUUCAACACCGGCGGCGGCGCCGCGGGCGGCCCCGGAGAAGACAGCGGCGGCCCCGGCGGCGCGGGCGGCGGCGCGGGCGGCGCAGGCGGCGGCGGCUCCUCGUCCUCGCCGGCCGCCACCUCGGCCGCCGCCGCCGCCGCCGCUGCCGCCGCCGCCGCCGCUGGGGCCGGGGCCCCGUCGGCGGGGGCCGCCGGGUCGGCGGACGGCGGAGACGAGACACGGCUGCCCUUCCGCCGGGGCAUCGCGCUGCUGGAGAGCGGCUGCGUCGACAACGUCCUGCAAGUCGGUUUCCACUUGAGUGGCACAGUGACAGAACCUGCAAUACAAUCGGAGCCAGAAACUGUUUGUAACGUGGCCAUCAGCUUUGAUCGUUGCAAGAUUACCUCAGUGACCUGCAGCUGUGGAAACAAGGACAUAUUUUAUUGUGCCCAUGUUGUGGCACUGUCUUUAUACCGCAUCCGCAAGCCAGAUCAGGUCAAAUUGCAUCUUCCCAUUUCAGAGACUCUCUUUCAAAUGAAUAGAGACCAACUACAAAAGUUUGUACAGUAUUUGAUCACAGUGCACCACACAGAAGUUUUGCCAACUGCUCAAAAAUUGGCAGAUGAAAUUCUUUCCCAGAAUUCAGAAAUCAACCAAGUUCACGGUGCUCCUGAUCCAACAGCAGGUGCUAGUAUAGAUGAUGAAAACUGCUGGCACUUAGAUGAAGAGCAGGUUCAAGAACAGGUUAAACUGUUCCUUUCCCAGGGCGGGUACCACGGAUCAGGGAAGCAGCUUAAUUUGCUCUUUGCAAAGGUGCGGGAGAUGUUGAAGAUGAGGGACUCAAAUGGGGCCCGAAUGUUGACUUUGAUAACAGAGCAGUUCAUGGCCGACCCUCGUCUGUCACUUUGGAGGCAGCAAGGCACUGCAAUGACUGACAAAUAUAGGCAGCUCUGGGAUGAGCUGGGUGCUCUGUGGAUGUGUAUAGUUUUAAAUCCCCACUGCAAGUUGGAGCAGAAGGCCAGCUGGCUAAAACAGUUGAAAAAGUGGAAUGGUGUUGACGUCUGUCCAUGGGAAGAUGGAAAUCAUGGCAGUGAAUUACCUAACUUAACCAAUGCUCUGCCUCAGGGUGCGAAUGCUAACCAAGAUUCAUCGAACAGGCCACAUCGGACAGUGUUCACCCGAGCCAUCGAGGCGUGCGAUCUCCACUGGCAGGACAGCCACUUGCAGCACAUUAUCAGCAGUGACCUGUACACCAACUACUGUUACCAUGACGACGCUGAAAACUCCCUCUUUGACUCCCGCGGGUGGCCCCUCUGGCAUGAACAUGUUCCUACAGCCUGUGCACGAGUGGAUGCAUUACGUUCUCAUGGGUACCCCAGAGAAGCACUGAGACUAGCAAUAGCUAUUGUUAACACGUUAAGACGGCAGCAACAGAAACAGCUGGAAAUGUUCCGAACUCAAAAAAAAGAGCUACCCCAUAAAAGCAUAACCUCAAUAACCAAUCUGGAGGGCUGGGUUGGACAUCCCCUGGACCCCGUGGGCACUCUUUUCAGCAGCCUAAUGGAAGCCUGCCGCACUGAUGAUGAAAGCUUCCCUGUGUUCUCAGAUUUUACAGAGAAUAUGGGACAGUGCAAGUCUCUGGAAUACCAGCAUCUACCUGCACACAAAUUCUUAGAAGAAGGGGAAUCCUAUUUAACGCUAGCUGUGGAAGUAGCCCUAAUAGGGCUGGGACAGCAGCGUAUUAUGCCUGAUGGGCUGUAUACCCAAGAGAAGGUUUGCCGGAAUGAGGAGCAGCUCAUUUCCAAGCUUCAGGAAAUUGAAUUGGAUGACACACUGGUGAAAAUUUUUCGCAAGCAAGCAGUCUUCCUAUUAGAAGCCGGACCAUAUAGUGGUUUAGGCGAAAUAAUCCAUCGGGAGAGCGUUCCAAUGCACACAUUUGCCAAGUAUCUCUUCACCUCUCUCCUACCUCAUGAUGCUGAAUUGGCAUACAAAAUUGCACUGAGAGCAAUGCGGUUGCUAGUGUUGGAAUCCACUGCUCCAGCGGGAGACCUCACCCGUCCACACCACAUGGCAUCUGUUGUUCCCAACCGGUACCCUCGUUGGUUCACUCUAAGCCACAUAGAAUCCCAGCAGUGCGAGCUGGCAUCCACUAUGCUCACUGCAGCCAAAGGCGAUGUUCGGAGGCUAGAAACAGUAUUAGAAUCCAUCCAGAAAAACAUUCACUCCUCAUCCCACAUCUUCAAGCUUGCCCAAGAUGCAUUUAAAAUAGCAACUCUCAUGGACAGUUUGCCAGACAUCACUCUUUUGAAGGUGUCUCUGGAGCUGGGCCUGCAGGUUAUGCGAAUGACACUGUCAACCUUAAACUGGCGCCGGCGGGAGAUGGUCAGGUGGCUGGUAACGUGUGCUACUGAAGUGGGUGUUUAUGCCCUGGACAGCAUCAUGCAGAGCUGGUUUACGCUUUUUACUCCCACUGAAGCCACAAGUAUUGUUGCAACCACCGUGAUGUCCAACAGCACCAUCGUCCGCCUCCACCUGGACUGCCACCAGCAGGAAAAGCUGGCCAGCAGCGCCCGGACACUUGCAUUGCAGUGCGCUAUGAAGGACCCUCAGAACUGUGCCCUCUCCGCGCUGACCCUGUGUGAAAAGGAUCACAUAGCUUUUGAGACGGCGUACCAAAUUGUUCUUGACGCUGCUACAACUGGCAUGAGCUACACCCAGCUCUUUACAAUAGCACGGUACAUGGAGCACCGCGGGUACCCCAUGAGGGCCUACAAGCUGGCCACCCUGGCCAUGACCCAUCUUAACCUGAGCUACAAUCAGGACACGCACCCUGCCAUUAAUGACGUUUUGUGGGCCUGUGCGCUUAGCCACUCCCUUGGUAAAAAUGAGCUUGCAGCUAUAAUACCUCUGGUGGUCAAGAGUGUCAAGUGUGCAACGGUACUGUCAGACAUUUUGCGCAGAUGCACUCUGACCACUCCUGGCAUGGUGGGACUUCACGGAAGGAGGAACUCUGGUAAGCUCAUGUCACUGGACAAAGCCCCCUUGAGGCAACUCUUGGAUGCCACAAUUGGGGCCUACAUCAACACGACACACUCACGGCUCACACACAUCAGUCCUCGGCACUAUAGUGAGUUUAUAGAGUUCCUCAGCAAGGCCCGAGAGACCUUCUUAAUGGCGCAUGAUGGACACAUUCAGUUUACACAGUUCAUCGACAACCUGAAACAAAUCUACAAAGGCAAAAAGAAACUGAUGAUGUUGGUUCGGGAGAGGUUUGGUUGAUAGAACUUGUAUGAA